UGUCUUGAGACGGAAAGCUAUAUAUACAGUUUUCAGAGCUUAUCUCUACCAAUUGCGAAUUUCUCAACAAGAUCAAGCUCUACGUUGAUUUCUUCAAGUCAGAAAUUAUGAAGAUUUUUGUUGUUUUAAGUAUCUGCUUUGCCCUUGCUUCUGCGGCAUGUGAAAAUCUCAAGAGGCUUGAGGCUUGCAACAAUGAGGGGCUUGAUUGCUCUUGCCAACCCGGACUAUCGUGCAGAUUAACCAAACAAAUGAUCGUGGAUGGCAAAACUGUUCCAGUCAAGCAAUGCAUGGGAGACGAUGAGAAGAUUAAUAUCGAGACCAUCAACGUGGACCCCGAGGAGCAGAACAAUGCAGCAAACGCAGCGUACAGAGUCAAGCGUUUCUUGGGAAUUAUCACGAAAUGUCAAUCCGACGUUGAUUGCGCCCCAAACUUCUGUUGUCCAAUUGUGAUCCAGCGCUGUCUCCCGAAAAUCCCAGAAGACGGCGCCUGCAACUUCAAGGAUUUACAUCGCUGUGGCUGUAUGGAUGGAUUAGUAUGCCAGAAGACUGCAGAGAUUACAAUUUUCCCAGGCAUUAAGAUUCCUCUUGAGCAGUGCGUCAAGAUGUAAACACGUAUAUUUACGUAGCACCAUUAAGUGCUGUAGUAGCUUGAGCAAGAAAAAUAAAAAUAAAACGGUUCUUUGCUGUG